AGCGUUAACAUAACGCUAUCUUGUGUAAGACUAUUCUGACUUAAGGAUAAGGCCCGAUCUUCACACAUCACAAUGUCAGUUUACCCGGAUAAGGAGGGGUAUGGCCAGCAGUAUCCCAGUGCAGGCUAUUCGCACAACACUACUGUCGUGACUACUCAGCCGAAUGUCACGUACGUACAGGCAAACAACCCUCCGCCAAACAACCAUAUGGCCCUGGCCAUUGUCUCGUGCCUAUGCUGUUUCUGGCCUCUCGGACUGGUGGCCAUCAUUUUCUCCAGCAUGUCUGCAGACGCAGCCAGGUCCGGGGAUUACGACACGGCUCAGACCAAAGCUAAGGUGUCACUGGGACUGUCCAUCUCCGCCAUCAUUGUCGGUGUUCUUACAGUCACCAUUAUUCUCAUCGUCUACUUCACCGUGGGCUUUUAUACCACCACCACCGUCCGUUAUUACGGAUAGCAAGAUCGCUCGGGUUGGCAGUCGGACGUGUGAUGAGUUUAUGACACCCAGUUGUAUGUUUGCUGUAACACACAUGGGCUGAACAUCUAGACAAAUUUUAUGGACGUCAUACAACUCUUGCCUUAACUGUAACACACAGUUGUAUCUUUGCUGUAACACACAGUUGUAUAUUAAUUUUUCUGUAACACAUAAUUGUAUAUUAAUAUUGCUGUAACACACAGUUGUAUAUUAAUUUUGCUGUGACACACAUGGGCUUAACAUAUCGACAUCCUGGAUUUUAUCUGUGACAAUUGGUUUAUAAAGGUACGAGAUUUGCUAUCCGCGAGAUAUUUGAGCUAUGCUUCACUAUAAUGUAACAACUGGAUUUACAUUAUUUUUGUAGGUAUUGUAACGUUGAUAUAUAUGAGAAAGUCUUUCACUUUUUCCAAAUUAAAUGCUCUUUGUGUUCAUGGGGUAAAUGGCUUUAUUUUCAUUUAACAUUCUUAGAAUUAAAAGGUCAUAUUUUGCUAA